AUGAGUACAACAAAAAAAUCGAAAGUUUGGAUGUUUUUCAAAGAUUCCGAGGAGGAGAGUAAAGCAGAAUGUACAAUUUGCAACGCUCUUAUUUCAAGAGGUGGAAAAGGAAAAUCAGCAACAACUAGUUCCCUUAUAAACCACAUAAAAGAAGCGCUUCAAAGGGAAUUUAAUUCAGAGAGCAGCAGUAGCGAUGAUAGAGAUAACGAUGAAGAGUUAACUUCAACAAGUGGGAUCAAUCGAAGUCAUGAUUUUUUAUGUAAACCACCGAUUUUGCAAUCAAGACCAUAUUCAAAUUUAGAUGAGAAAACGGAUGAGUCCUCGACGUUAUCGCCACCAUCUUUUGCGAGUUAUGCUGCGCAUUAUGAUGAUUGCUUAGUUUCAAAAACUUCGUGUGGGUCUAUGUUUAGUCACCCGUACAGGAAGCAACGGGGUGAAAAAAAGCCGAUUCCGGCUGAUCAAAAAGACGAAAAGUAUUAUGAAAGGCGAAGAAGGAAUAAUCAAGCUGCUAAAAAAUCAAGGGAUGCAAGAAAGCAAAGGGAAGAUCAGAUAGCGUUGAGAGCAACGAUUUUAGAACAUGAAAACGCUCUGUUAAAGGCGCAAUUGUUAACCGUAAGAGAAGAAGCAUCAUCUUUAAGGCAACUUUUGUUAGAGAAAAAAUCUAUAGAGUUUUCUCUAAAAUAA